AUUUAUUAAUUGGUAUGUUGUUACCAAUUGUUACAUAUUACAUGUAUGUAGUUACUUAUGUGAUAUUCCUGUGACCGAUCAAAUACUAAUUGUUAGAUGCAACAAAGAAUAUAGAAUUGGAAAACUGUUGAUUAGUCUUUUUUGAAAUGUGUGAAAUUAUGGUUUUAUUGUGAAAAGUGUUUGGUUUUUUUUUAAGUGUUGUUUUAAUUUUCUGUUUUUAAAUUAUCAGAAUAAUGAAAAAUUUGUUUGUAUUAUUAAUUACUUUAAGUGGACUUACAUCGUCAGUCAAAGUACUUGCACAAGGCACAGAUUACUUGAGAGGUCCAACACCAACCAAAUCCUUAAACGGUAAUGAAAAACCUAAACUAAGAAAAUGUACAUACUCAAAGGCACAUGGAAUGCAUGGAGCUGAUUGUUCUGACAGAGAAUUAACUGAUUUACCUGAACAUUUGCGGUCGAAUAUAGAGAUUUUGGAUGCAUCGUAUAAUCGAAUAAGACGAAUUGAUAGAAUUUUAUUAUAUCCGAAAAUAAGAUACUUGUAUUUGGGUGAAAAUUUUAUUGUUAAUUUAAGACCAGGUACAAUUGAUAAAUUGGAAAAUUUGGAAGUAUUGGAUUUAUCUGUAAAUUCAUUACAAGAGAUUCCAAAAUUUGUUUUUGAAAUGUCAACAUUACGCCGCCUCUACUUAUCAAAUAGUUCGUUCCGUCAUGAAUUUUUUAACAAUGAAUUUGAGAUAAAAGCACCAUUAGAGUAUAUCGAUUUAGCCUAUUCUGAAAUGACUCAAAUGCCAAGAUUUGGUAUUAUGCCAUAUCUGUAUCACUUAAAUAUAUCGGGGAAUAAUUUUGAAAAAAUAACAAUUGAUGAUAUUAGUCCGCUUUGUCGACUCAAGAUUUUGGAUGUAACAAAUAUUGGUACAAAUCAAAUAUCUACGUGUGAAUGUAUUCAAUUGCAAAAUUAUCUAGCGGAUAUGAAAGUAAACGUCUUACCUGAUAUCAAAAGUAUCUGCAAUAUUAGUCGAUAUGAUAUCUCAGUUUGCCCACCAUAUUCAAACAGCACAAACAUGAAUUUACACAAUACUUGUUUGAAAAAUAUUCGAAUACGAGAAAAAGAGCAACAAGUGAAAGUUACUUGGACGUAUAUUGCUAUUGGAAUUUCAUCAUUUUUAGUUGGAUUUAUUGCAAUAUUGUACAUGAUUCAUCGAAGGAACGUCAAAAGUAUGAAACUGGAAGACAUUAAACAUCCUCUUAGCGACGCAACCAGUACUUUAGUUAAAGAAUAAUAUUAUUUACUUAUACAAUACGAUUUUACGUAAAACAAAAAACUAAAUCAAAUUGUUUUCUUUUUAACUUUUUAUACGUUUUCAUCAACAAGGCUCAAAAGGACCACACAGUUUUUUUUUAACUUUGGAAGAAUAUUAAUUUAACCUUUCUGAGUAAAAAUUUCUAUAAACAAAAGGUUUAAUUAAUGUUUCUUUCCACUAAACGAGAUUAUAACCGAAUCACAAAAACUUCGGUAGUUAGUUUGGGGAGGAUAUGGGCUCAUGAACUCCAUGAUAGGACUGGUUUAUUGUUAUACUCCUUACCCUGUUGUCAGAUUUCUAAAGAUACAUUUCCGCUGAGGCAACUUAUGGGCAACAUGUGGCAUGCGUCACUGAUGCGUGUAUAGGGUUGCCAUCACGGUCAGGUCUCUCGCCCGGCACAUUAUGAAGGUGGUGUUGUGGGAGGGGGUAUUGCAGUGAGAAGAGGUAAAUUCAAAAAAGUCUAAUUUCGUCAUAUAAAUAUAUUAGAAAUUUGCGCAUUUUGGCCAUCAUUUUGCACGAAAACUAUCAAUCUGUUUGUUUUGGCAUUAAUCCUUAAGAUCUAUCAACACUGAAUCACAAGAUACACACAUAAAAAUUUUACAUAAGCAUGACUCGAACAAAACGAACAAACAUGAAAAUUAUGCACGAACGUGACUCAAAUAGAACGAAUAAAAAAGUUUUACAAUUGACUUCUUAUUGUGAUACCAACAAAAUAAGCUAAAUAGCCCUAUAGACACUAAAAUCAUGAAGAAAAUCAAUUCUCACUACUCUAGUUACUGCAGCUAGUUUACCUCAUGAGGUAAAAUCCAUCGUGGUGGCGAUUCAGCAGUCAUAAUGCUAUUUUUUUCUUUUUCGAUCCUGACCACGCGCUGGCCCAGCAAAAUUUUCAAAAAUCCGGCUGCCCGACAAAACUCACUGCAGGGCGAAUCCCGAGCAGGUGGCAACCCUAUGCGUAUGGCAAAGAUUAUUUCAAGCAAAGCAACAAUAUGUAGCAAGUAAAAAUAACGAAUAUCAACUGUUGUUGCAACAUGGCGCCAGACGCAUGUGUCACUGUACAGUAUGUCGCACGAUAUUGCCAGUAUCCAAGUCAUAGUAGAUGAUAGGGGGUGGAAAUGCAGAAGCAAUCUUAUUUAUUGACGACUACUGAACGAAUUACCAGACUUCACUGGAGUUCCGAAAAAAGUAAAAAUUUGCUCAUACCGAUAUGAUUUCGUGUUCUGAUAGUAGUCGUCUGCUUCUUAGUGGCCUUUUCAACUAGGUAGUCAAAUCUUACCUUAUUCAUACGUGUAAAAUGUUUAAUUUUGAAACAAGUUUUCGAAAAUUUCUAGCAUUUUUUGUUAUUUUUAACAAAUUUUAAACUUUUUGCUGAAGCUCCUCCUCUCUUCUAAAACUUCUUAAAGUAGUCCGGCCGAUACGUGACUAGUCAACUAGGCAAUUUGUAUGGCAUAAAUGUAAUAAAAUACUCUAAAAAUAUCGUAAAAAGGUCAAAAACCAAAGAUUUUUAUUUUUCC